AUUGUAGAUUAUGGUCAACUGUUUCGACAUGGGUUUGUCCUUUUUUAUAAUGACAAAAUUCUAGCACGAAAACGCACGAAAACGAAUAUCAUUUCACAACAUUCAGAUCCAAUAUGCAACGAAAUUGAUACUAGAAAUCAUAUGAUUGGCUUCAU